AUGUUUUCAGUUAUACAAUCGCCAUGCGUUUUUGAACCCUUGCCAAUACUCAAUGUACUCGAGGGGGAUCAGCUAUGCUAUGGUCCUGAACUAAAGAAAAGGAGAAGUGUAGGUAAUCCAUGCCGCUAUUCCAGGCCUGCUCCAAAGACUUCCCCAAUUUCAAUGAGAUAUAGUGUUGAGGAAAAUGAUGAUAGCUACAUUCUUUCUCUAUAUAAAAAGGUUCCAGAAGGUAGAAUUGCUGAAAUGGUCAAUCAAGAAUUGGUCAAGUUGAAAGAGUCAGCCUACAGACCAAUAUACCAUGUCGUUCAUGACAUACUGGGUAAUUCUUAUUAUUUGGAAGAAGAGCAAGAUGAAAAUGAGCUUAUAAGAAAAGCGAUGUCUCAAUUGAAUAUGAAUGCAAUUUAUCGUAAAGUCGCAAGAGAAGCAUUCCAAGAUCUUAACAUCGAAUUGAAUCACAGAGGCGAUGAAUUAACCGUGUCAAGUCAAAGAGAUGGCAUAAGUAAAUCAUUUGAGAUUGAUGAACAAAUCGCUGAUGUUCGUGUCGUUGGUUGUAAAUAUGAUGAGGUAAAUGAAUAUGGCAUUCUUAAAUUAAUGCUUGAAAAAAUUUCAAAUACGAACAAUUUGGUAACUUUACUCAAACUGUCUGAAUCCGAUCAGCUAAGGUCUUCAGGACAGCAAAGAAUAGCCCGAGAAGCAGCUUUGGAAGGAAAGGCUAACCAGGAUGAAGCUGAGAGACAAAAAAGGGAAGAGGCAAAAAGGACUAAUGCUUUAGCUGAAGAACAGAAAGAAAAACAUAUGCAAGAAAGGGCUAUUGCUCUAGCUGAGGAACAAAGAAGGAAACGAUUAGAGGAAGAAAUAGCUUAUGCUUUAGCUAAGCAACAAAAAGAAAAACAAAUGAAGGAAAGGGCUAUUGCUCUGGCUAAAGAACAACGAGAGAAACGAAUAGAAGAAAGAAAAUUGAUCGAAGCAAAGGAAAAAGAAGCUGAAAAAGAAAGAAAACUUGCAAUCACUCAUCAAAACGCCAGGAUUAGGGACGAAGCAGAAAGAGCAAAGCUACAGAAGAAGAUAGCUAAAGAGCAGAAACUCAAACAGAGGAAAGCUGCUUUGGUUGCUGAGAAAAAGGCGGCUAGAUUGCAAAAACAGUUCGAGAAAGAUUCGGCAGGUUCAAAAAAUAUCGUAAUUAAUAUUAAUUUUAACGGCGAUCAGAAAGGGGAAUGGACAAAAAAUCACAGAAAUGAAGAUUUUGUAGGUACUGAACUGAAAAGAAUCACCUCUCCAAUUCUAGAAGAUAUACAAGACGAGGAGCUGGACAGAUUUAAUGCAUCUUUAAUGAAGUCGCCCACGGGCUCAUCAAUAAUAGAGGAAGCUGUAUAG